AUGCGCCCCGCCGCCAUCCUCACCCUCGCCUUCGCGGCCUACGCCUCCGCGUGCGCCAGCUACAACGACUGCCACUGCUACGACAGCAACGGCGUGCCCAACAACGGGGCAACCAAGUCCGUGUGCGACCACUUCGGCGGCAGCAUGAUCAAGGCGGAGCGCGAGUACGGCGCGAGCACAACGUACCAGGAGUGCGAGGUCAAGACGUACGGCGGCGCGUCGAGCUUUGAUAACUGCGACUGGCGGAGGCGGUGCCAGGGCGCGGGGGCGACGGGGGCGGAUUCAAGCUGUCGGUCCAAGUAUCCUUGA